AUGUUUUUGAAGGAUACAUACACCCCAAGAAAAGCUCGGAAGCCUGGGCUAGCAACGAUUGAGGUUGACAAAGUACUUCCGGGAACAGAAAAUGGUGAAUUAGUUUAUCCUCAAACCGAAACACCAGAGCGUUUACCAUCCCCAUCUGUUUCUGUCAAUUCUACAUCAGAAGGUGGACCUAUGACAGAUUCCCUUUUAAAGUCAACUGCAGUUUCUGGUAGAGCUAGGGGCUCAAAGAGGAAGAAAGAUAAGAUGUCCGAGGUGGCGUAUGCGGUCAUGAAGAGAGUAGAAGCAAAUAACGCUAACCGAGAUGAAUUUGACUCUUAUGGAGAGACAGUUGCAAUGACCUUGCGCAAGUUAAGCAAUGUCUCUGCUGCAUAUGCUAAAUUUGAGAUAAGCAAAGUUUUAUUCCAGGCUGAGUUGGGACAAUACGAACGUGGGAACUCAAACAUCCCGUCAAUGCUGACUCCUCCUAUAAACCCUGCUAUUUUACAUCAUACAUCAACAUCUGAUACCCGUUAAUAACCGUGGACCAGAAAAGGGAGAAAAAGAAGAGACAGAAGAUCAAGAAAAUGCCAUAACUACAGCCGCACAAGUCCCAGCCACACCUGCAAUGAAAUAGUCACAAACACCGAAGUCAAGAGCCACU